AUGCCUAAAUUAAAUAAAAUAGGAAAAAAUCCAAACCUAGUUUCCCACCAUGAAGAAGAAGAGGAAGAAGAAAUGGGAAGUGAAAGUAAAACAAUUAAUGCAGUUGUGAAUGCUCUGUCAGAGCAGGCUGACCAUGCCAAUACUUCAGUAGAAUCAGUAGGAAACCGAUCUUUAAUUAGUGAAUUAGGAAGGAGUUUGCAUAUCCUUACUGCUAGUUUGCCUCGUCCAAAAUCAGAAAGUAAUUUUGCCAAUAUUCAAGAGCUACAAAUGAGUUCAAGGCCAACAUUCCAUAAAUCUGACACAUUCAGUAAGGAAGAGAACAACACUUACCAAUGAUCCCAUGAAUAAUUAGUUUUGUCAAGAAGGUUGAUUUAUAAUAUGGUUUACAUUGAAUAUUUUUUUUUUAAAUCUUUAAAAAUGUUAAUGUUGUAUCAUUAUAUUUGCAUGUACUUGUAGAUAUGUUGACUCUGUUAAUUUACUAUAAUCAUUCAAUUUAUAUUGUAUAGUUUUUUUUUAUAUAAAAAAGAAGGAAUAUAUAUCUUUGGUGCUAGGCUAAGAUUUCUCAUCUUACCUUCAUAACAGAAAUUUGUUAAAUACCCUACCAGUUGGUUUUUCAAUACAAAACAUUUAAACUUAACAAUAUGAUAGAUUAAAAGAAAAAGAGUUAAGACAAAUCAAUUCUUUAAUUGAAACUAUACUUUUUUUUUUUUUAAAUAAAGGAAAUAUUUGUUAGUUUCUUCAAGUUGCUUUAUUAUAGAUUUUUCUAAAUCGU